UUCACCUCCUACUUUCUCACACCAGGGUUCUCUUUUCUUCUACGAGGUGCAUAAAGCCUCGUAGUAGAAUCAAGAAACCCUUCACUUAGUUGCAAACUUAUUCAUUAUUAUUGUAAGUAUAGUUUGAGAAAUGGAGGCAAAGAGAUUAUGGAAUGUGAUGAGGGUAACCUUCUUCAUGAUAAGGAAGGGUCUUAUAUCAAAGAGGAAGAUGAUCAUGGACACGAACUUGAUGAUGAAGAAAGGUAACGUGAGAAAAUCUCUGAGCAAUCUCAUGUCAUCACAUCAUCAUCACCAGCAGAAGAACCCUAAGAGUGUGACACGAGGUGGCUUAGGGGUGCAUUAUGAAUUCUCAUGUACCAAUAGUCCAAACCCUGUUUUCUUCCACAUGCCUAAGCGCAAGCACCAUUUCAACUUUCCCUGCAUCCAUGCCCCUGAAGUUCUCGAUGAUGAAAACCGUUUUUCGUUUGAGGGUGUGGUUACCCUCCCAAAAACCCCAGAUUACAUGUUCAAUAUAUUUGUUCCUGGAGAGAAAAAGAGCCCUCUUCUCUCACCAUUUUCUGUAAGGGUGUCCAAUUAUUCUGCAUUGGAUGAAAGUGAAGAAGCUGGAAACGAUCAUGUUGAUCUUCAGGCUGAGGAUUUCAUCAGAAGGUUCUAUGAACAGCUUAGGUCGCAAAGUCCCGUGCAGUUCCUAGGUUACUAAGUCAUGUAAAGAACAAACCAGCCAUGUAGUUACAGUAAUAAUGAUGCGUUGCACUCAAAUUCUGCAUUUCCUUGUCUGUGUAAAAUGGUGUUUUAUUACACAUGUUCGUUUUUGGACAUUGAAUAUUUUUGUUCUCAUUCUGUA